AUGGUAUUCUGGAGAUUCUUGGGACUACUUGGGCUUCUCGUUUUCGUAAAAGCUUUGCCUUCACCUGUGUUGCAACGAGGUCACCUCACCUCUGUUCAAGAAUCAAAUGAAGUCCAUCCAGCCGUUCUAUCGUCUACUCUCGGCAAUAGUUUUCUUUUCUCCAUUCCGAACAUGCAUUACGAUGACUCGGAUCAAAGCUACACGGAAAGAAUCUCAUUGAUUGUCACAAAUUAUGACACUAACAAAACAGCCACGGUGACCGUCUCGACCCCAUCAGCCAUCUUUAACACCACCACUUUUACCAUUCAACCCUUAAAGAAUUAUAAGGUUUCUUUGCCAGCCGAAAUUCAAACAAACUAUCGGAAUCGCAAAGUGAAUUAUUUUUCAAUCGAAACGAAGAGCAUUUCCGUCACGGCCGACACCAAGGUGACCGUUGUGGCACAAAACGAGGCCAGUAACGGCUAUGGUGCUGGAAUGUUCGUCGUCUUUCCGUUGUGCUCUCUCUCAACGACGUAUCGAACUAUGGCCGAUGACAUUGACAGUGGUCGAAAAUGGAACAAAGUUGCCAACAGCAUUUCAAUCAUUGCCACUCAGGACAAUACUAGGGUGUCCAUCAACCCAGUGAUCACCAAUCCGCCCACUAUCACUUUGAACUCCGGUGAGGUGAUGAUCCUUGCCUCCGACAGCAUUCCUUUGAUUAACUAUGAAAUCACUUCCAACUAUCCUGUUGCCGUGGUGACAGGCACCGAUUGUGGUUAUGGCUACAGAAAGUUGGAUAGCAACGGUUGUGACUACGAGGCCACGAUGUCGUUCCCGGGACCUGGAACUGCCGGCACCGCUUUUGCAUUCCAGAAAUUUAUGUACGAGGAUCAAGGAGUGCUUGUGAUUUUGGGAACGGAGAACAACACAAUAAUCACUGCUAAUGGACGAGCUCUGGAUAUGAUCGAUGCAUUCGGAUAUUCGAUCUAUCUAGUCCAGAGCACCGUCUGCCUUACCACGAAUAAACCCGUUUAUGUGUAUGCGAGUUCGAUCGAAAGUCGAAUGGCAGGCGUCUACGGCUCUCCAUUGGUCACACACGUACCCUCGAUCGAUCAAUUCACCAAUCAAAGCCUUCUUCAGGUCACAACGGGCCUAUCUUCGGUAAGCAAAAGUGAUCACUUCAUCCGACUCAUCACCUACAUUAACCCGGGGAACUUGAAUCAAGUGACCACUAUGUUGACGAUUGACGGCGGAGAUGUUCCCAAAGGAUUAUUCCAACAG